UAAUUACGUUGAAAAUAUUGUAGAAAAGCAUUAUAGGACUCGGGCGACAAAAAUCAUAUUUAAGAAAUGGGUCUUUUUCUCUCUAGGUUAUAUUCAGUCUUUGAGUCUUUCUGCGAGGAGACACCUGCUAGGAUUCUCAUGCUUGGAUUAGAUGCUGCUGGAAAAACCACAAUUUUAUACAAAAUUAAACUCAAUGAAGUUGUGAAUAGUAUACCGACGAUUGGAUUUAAUGUGGAGACAGUGGAACCUGUGAAAGGAAUUUCUUUCACCGUGUGGGACAUGGGUGGACAGGAUAAAAUUAGACCACUAUGGAAAUACUACUUCCAAAAUACCGAAGGCUUGGUGUACGUCGUUGAUAGUAGCGACAGAGAGAGAAUGGCUGAAGCUCGGG